AGGGGGAGGCUGGCAGAAAUGCUAAUUCCUCCCUUCGCUCUCGCCUCGGCAGCCCAGUGCCCGUACGGCCCCGCUCCGGCUCGCAGCUCAGCCCGGAGAGGUGCGGGGGUACGGGUGGGGUCCCCCACCUCCUCACCGCGCCCCUCACCGUCGCGUCCGGGCUGGUGGAAGCUCCUCCGUACCACAGGGACGGGGCUCGGGAGGAGGAUGCGGAGGACCGGUAACGGCGAAGAGAAGGGCUGCGUGUUGCUUAACGGCACUUAGGAGCGGGGGAAGAUGGCCCCGCUGCUAUCCCUGUGGCUGAUGGCCCUGCUUGGCCUGGCCCGGGCGUGCCCCGACCCCUGCGCUUGCGUGGACAAGUACGCCCACCAGUUCGCCGACUGCGCCUACAAGGAUCUUCAAGUGGUGCCCACGGGGUUGCCCUCCAACGUGACCACCCUCAGCCUCUCGGCCAACAAGAUCACCUCCCUGCAGCGGCGUUCGUUCGUGGAGGUGACCCAGGUCACCUCCCUCUGGUUGGCACACAACGAGAUCCGCUCCAUUGAGCCCGGUACCUUCGCCAUCCUCGUGCAGCUGAAAAACCUUGACAUCAGCCACAACCAGAUCGUGGACUUCCCCUGGCAGGACCUCUACAACCUCAGCGCUCUCCAGCUGCUCAAGAUGAACAAUAACCACAUGGCUCUGGUGCCUCAGGGGGCUUUCCACACCCUGAAGGACCUCCGGUCCCUACGCAUCAACAACAACAAGUUCACCACCCUUGCAGAGGGUAUCUUCGAUUCGCUUAGUUCCCUCUCCCACCUGCAGAUCUACAACAACCCCUUUGAGUGCUCCUGCAGGCUCCAGUGGUUGAAGAUGUGGAUGGACAGCACGCUCAUCUCCAUCCCCGAGAAGGACUCCAUCACUUGCGCCCUCCCAGAGCAGCUCCGAGGAGUGCCGGUGGGGAAGAUCCCAGACGUGCAGUGCACCUCGCCUACCGUGCAGCUCACCUAUUACCCCAACCUGGACACCACGGAGCUCUUUGAUGGCUUCACCCUGACGCUGCACUGUGCCGUGACGGGCACCCCGCUGCCCGAAGUGAGCUGGAAGAUCCGCACCUCCAGCCAAAUCCUGGAGCUCAACGGGAACCCGAAGGAGAGCGCCGGGAAGGACCUUCCCAAACAGGACCCCGAGCGCUUCUUGGUCUUCAAGAACGGUACGCUGGUGAUUCCCCACCUGAGCAAGCGGGAGGAAGGCACCUACACCUGCCUGGCCACCAACGAAAUGGGGAGCAACCAGACCUCAGUCAAUGUGGCUGUGGCAGGCACGCAGAAAUACCCACUGCAGCCCGGGAGGGACCCGCUGGGGGGUAAAGCACAGCCAGGUGACAAGAAGCCUGGGGCCAAGGGAGCAAAGAACAGUGUGCUCAUGCCGGAUGAGAGGAACAAACCCCUUGGUCCCACCCGGCAGAGCCAACCAUCCUUGGCAGCCGGGACAGAGUCCACGGGAGAUGGGCAAGUCCCUUUCCAGCUUCCCCCCUUUGAGAAGAGGUGUGGCUCCACACAAACCAGCAAGUACAUUUCCAACCACGCCUUCAACCAGAGUGGCGACUUCAAGCAGCACACGUUCGACCUCGGGGUGAUCGCCUUAGAUGUGUCAGAGCGUGAUGCCCGGGUGCAGCUGACGCCCACCUACAUGCAGCCUGAGAAAGUCCACCUCAGGAUGCUCUACCUGUGCCAGGAGAGCAGCCAGGGCCACGCCUUGGUCCAGUGGUCCAAGAUCGAGGAAGGGGUGAACUCGUACUGGUUCCAGGGCUUGGACCCCGGCACCAACUACUCUGUGUGUCUCACCUACCUGGGGGAGGACUGCCAGGUCCAAGUGGUCUUCACCACCAAAAAAGAGAUCCCCUCGCUCAUCAUCAUUGUAGUUGUGAGCAUCUUCUUGCUGGUGCUGGCCACCUUACCCCUGAUGGGGGCCACGUGGUGCCACCUCCUCUCCAAGUACCAAGGGAAGACCUACAAGCUCAUCAUGAAGGCCCAGAACCCGGACCAGAUGGAGAAGCACAUGGCCGCUGACUUUGACCCCCGCGCCUCCUACCUGGAGUCCGAGAAGAACUACAAUCCCAGCGAGGUGGGGGAAGCGGAGGUGGAGGAAGAAGACGAGGAGGACGAGGAGGAUGAUGAAGGAGGCAGGCGGAGGAGGAGGAGAGAAGCCGAAGGGGUUCCGGAGCUGGAGCGAGAGGAGAGCGUGGCAGCCAGCUCCAUGGCAGAGUCGCAAUCCAAAGCCAACGGCGAGGAGUUCGAGGUCCGCUCCGAGUACAGCGACAAGCUGCCGCUGGGCGCCGAGGCCGUCACCAUCUCCCAAGAGAUCAACGGCAACUACCGGCAGCGCCCACGCUGAGCCUCCCCGCACCCCCCCCCGCCCCCCCCCGGUCCCCACCUCCCCUGGUCCCCCCCCCACCCCGCCUCCCGGGGCACCGCCGCUGCUUUUCCUCCGAGGAAAGACGGAAGCAUCCUCAGCGACGCCCGCCUGUCCUUCCUCCUCCUCCUCCUCUUCCUCCUCCCUCAGGCGGCAGGUCGCCGGGGAAGGGACUUCGCCCCGGGGAUGCUCGAUGCGGGCGGGACAUUUCUCCCACGAUUUCGUUUCCGUUUUGGGUAUCGGCGGUCCAUCGCUCCCGGCUCGGCGACACCAUCACAACGAUUGCCGGUCCCCCGCCCGCCUCUGCCCUCCGUUCGCCCCGUAUUUUCUUUCCCCUUAAAGGAAAAAAACGAAAAAAAGGGAAAAAAAUGGGUAAAAGAAAAAAGCCCGACAUCCCAAAGCCUUUUUUUUUUUUUUCUGGAAACGGUUCAGUCCCCGGUGAGUCCCCUCCGCUCCCCGGUCCGGUCCCGCCGCUCCCUCAGUCCCCGGUGAGUCCCCUCCGCUCCCCGGUCCGGUCCUAGCCGUCCCCGGUCCGAGCCCCGGUGCGAACUCCACUGCAGCCCGGUGCUGUCCCCACCGCUCCUCGCCGUUAUCCUCCCCGUUCCCCGCUCCGCGCCUCUUCCCGGUGGGUCCCAGCCGCUCCCCGGUGGGUGCCCGCAGCGCACCGAUGGGUGCCGGGGUGCGAGCCCUCCUGCUGCCCGGUGGGUACCGGUGCGCUCCCCGGUGCGCUCCCCGGUGCGCUCCCCGCGGAACCGGUCAGCACCCGGAGGGGCUGGACAGCUCCGCGCCCCCCGCCCGCUCCCCGGGGGGGACGGGGGCGGCCCGACCCCCCCCCCCCCCGACCUCCCAUCCCGCCCCCCCCGGCCCGGUGGGACCCCUCGAUGUGUGUUGGGUAGAGUAGCCUUGUAGCCAAGUGUCUGUGCCGUAGACGCGCCCGUGCUGCUGGCGGGCGGGCGGGUGGGGGGGGGGGGUCCCGGCCCCGGGAGGCGAGGAGUGGCCGCCACCGUGUCCCCCCCACCCCAACUCCGGUCUCCGGGAGCCCCGGGACCGGCGAGAGCCGCGGGCGCCUUUCUGCGAGCUUCUGUCUGUGAAAGAGUUAAUAAAAGGGAUUGAAAGUGGA